CCGGUGCCUCCAUACCCUGGUCGGUCUGACCCUCUCUUCGACGGCUGGAGCCCAGGCCCGACUACUCCCAGCAUCUUUAACCCCCUACUCCACCCCUGUGUGUCUUUAUCCCCGCCGAGGGACCGUCCGAUCUUCUCAAAUCUCUCAGGGGACUCUGCACAUUCGUCGGUCCCCACCCCCUCUUGCCUGGUCCUCUGCUCCCAGGCCAGGUCUGUUUGCCCCUCGCCGUCCGUGUACUCCGUCUCCCCACCCCCACCAGAUCCGCCGUCCCCUCGACCCAGUCCUCCCAGAGCCGCACCCCCAGCCCACGCUCGCCUGCCCCUGCCAGUCCAGUCUCCGGUCCUUUUCACCACCGGGCGGAGGGCGGGCCGCCUGUCUCCCUAGCCUCCAGUGCUUGGGUCCCAGGCGGGCGGACUCUCACGGCGCCGCCUCCUUGCCCUAUCUCUUCUUUCAGUCUCGGUGUCUUUCUUGGCUUUCCAUCUGUCUCUGAGCUGGGCGUGGCUCCAGCCUCCACCAUUCCCCUGUCCUCUCUGAUCCCCCGUGUCCCUUCUCCGGGUGGUCUCUGCCUGGUGCUGUCAGUCUCUGUCCCACUGGAGAGACGCCACCCCCUCUGGGGGCCCAGUAAGGUGAUGAGGACAGCAGUGACGGGAGUGCUCUGCCCUGCCGGCUGGCAGUGGAGAGGGAGCACCAUCACAACUGCUCCCACUUCCCCAACUCUCUUAUACAGGGGAGGGGAGAGAAGGGAGCCUCACUCAGCACCCCACUCAAACCUGGAGGACUUAGACUGAGUGGGGGAGAUCCCUUUUUCCUUUGGCCGCUACCCUGGGCCCUCGGAGGAGUCUGGCUUCUGUUGCUGUAGUAUCUGUGUCUGGACUUGCUCCAUCAUGGCACCCUUCCUGCGCAUCUCCUUCAAUUCCUAUGAGCUGGGCUCCCUGCAAGUUGAGGACGAAGCAAGCCAGCCUUUCUGUGCUGUGAAGAUGAAGGAGGCACUCAGCACAGAGCGAGGGAAGACACUGGUACAGAAGAAGCCCACCAUGUAUCCUGAGUGGAAGACAACGUUCGACGCCCACAUCUAUGAAGGCCGUGUUAUCCAGAUUGUGCUGAUGCGGGCAGCUGAAGACCCCGUGUCUGAGGUCACGGUGGGCGUGUCAGUACUGGCUGAGCGCUGCAAGAAGAACAACGGCAAGGCUGAGUUCUGGCUGGAUCUGCAGCCUCAGGCCAAGGUGCUGAUGUGUGUGCAGUAUUUCCUGGAGGAUGGGGAUUGCAAACAGUCUAUGCGUAGUGAGGAGGAGGCAAAGUUUCCAACCAUGAACCGUCGUGGAGCCAUUAAACAGGCCAAGAUCCACUACAUCAAGAACCACGAGUUUAUCGCCACCUUCUUCGGGCAGCCCACCUUCUGUUCUGUGUGCAAAGAGUUUGUCUGGGGCCUCAACAAGCAAGGCUACAAAUGCAGGCAAUGCAACGCUGCCAUCCACAAGAAAUGCAUUGACAAGAUUAUCGGCCGCUGCACUGGCACUGCCACCAAUAGCCGGGACACCAUCUUCCAGAAAGAACGCUUCAACAUCGACAUGCCUCACCGAUUCAAGGUUUAUAACUACAUGAGCCCCACCUUCUGUGACCACUGUGGCAGUUUGCUCUGGGGACUGGUGAAGCAGGGAUUAAAGUGUGAAGAUUGUGGCAUGAAUGUGCACCACAAAUGCCGGGAGAAGGUGGCCAACCUGUGUGGUAUCAACCAAAAGCUCUUGGCUGAGGCCUUGAACCAAGUGACCCAGAGAUCUUCCCGGAAGCUGGACACAACAGAGUCUGUCGGAAUAUACCAGGGAUUUGAGAAGAAGCCAGAAGUCUCUGGGAGUGACAUCCUAGGUGAAGCUGGGUCACAUAUCUCUUUAAAGCUAUCAUUCCCCAGCAGGGCAAAGGAAAAGGACAGUAGUGAGACCUGCGACAACAACGGGACCUAUGGCAAGAUCUGGGAGGGGAGCACCCGGUGCACCCUUGAGAACUUCACCUUCCAAAAAGUACUUGGCAAAGGCAGCUUUGGCAAGGUGCUGCUGGCAGAGCUGAAGGGCAAAGACAAGUACUUUGCAAUCAAGUGUCUGAAGAAGGACGUGGUGUUGAUUGACGAUGAUGUAGAGUGUACCAUGGUGGAGAAGCGGGUGCUGGCGCUCGCCUGGGAGAGUCCCUUCCUCACCCACCUCAUCUGUACCUUCCAGACCAAGGACCACCUGUUCUUCGUGAUGGAGUUUCUCAAUGGGGGUGACCUGAUGUUCCACAUUCAGGACAAAGGCCGCUUCGAACUCUACCGGGCUACGUUUUAUGCAGCUGAGAUCAUCUGCGGACUGCAGUUUCUACACAGCAAAGGCAUUAUUUACAGGGACCUCAAGCUGGACAAUGUGAUGCUAGACAGGGACGGCCACAUCAAGAUCGCUGACUUUGGGAUGUGCAAAGAGAAUAUAUUUGGGGAGGGCCGGGCCAGCACAUUCUGCGGCACUCCUGACUACAUCGCCCCUGAGAUCCUGCAGGGCCUGAAGUACUCCUUCUCGGUGGACUGGUGGUCUUUCGGGGUCCUCCUGUACGAAAUGCUCAUCGGCCAGUCCCCCUUCCACGGCGACGAUGAGGACGAGCUCUUCGAGUCCAUCCGGGUGGACACACCACACUAUCCCCGUUGGAUCACCAAGGAAUCCAAGGACAUCAUGGAGAAGCUAUUCGAGAGGGACCCUGACAAGAGGCUGGGAGUAACAGGAAACAUCAGGAUUCACCCCUUUUUCAAGACUAUCAACUGGUCCCUCCUGGAGAAGCGGAAGGUGGAGCCGCCCUUUAAGCCCAAAGUGAAAUCCCCUUCAGACUACAGCAACUUUGACCCAGAGUUCCUGAAUGAGAAACCUCAGCUUUCCUUCAGUGACAAGAACCUCAUCGACUCUAUGGACCAGGAAGCCUUCCAUGGCUUCUCCUUUGUGAAUCCCAAGUUUGAGCAAUUCCUGGACAUUUAAUUAAGCUCCCAGACCUGCUUUAAACGCCCUGGCAGAGUAGGCCCGUCUGCCCUGGUUUGCACCGCAUUGCCCGUGGAGAACAGUGGGUGACUGGCUGAUUUCUGCUGCCACCCCCUCCUCCUUGGAGAGUCCGGCUCCUGCUGGCUGGGCUCACAGUACUUCCUCUGUGAACUGUUUGUGAAUUUGCCUUCCCUUUGCCAUCAGAGGGAAACUGUAAAUCCUGUGUUUCAUUACUUGAAUGUAGUUAUUGAAAUAUAUAUUAUAUAUAUGCACAUAUAUAUAAUAGGCUGUAUAUAUUGCUCAGUAUAGAAAGCAUGUAGGAGACUGGUGAUGUGUUGACCUUUUUAAAAAAAAACAUAUGUAUAUGUGUGUAUAUAUAUAUACACACAUAUACAUAUAUAUGUGUAUGUAUGUACGUAUGUAUAUAUAUAUGACCAAAAGAAAAGAAGAGCACAAGCUGUCUGAACCACAGGUUCUUUUAUGUGUGUCUAAAUAAACACUGAAUGGUACCAAC